UCCGAAGAUUAUACCGUUACCUCCGACAUCGAUCUAUGUGAAAUUUCCUGAAGAUAUCUGGUAAAAUAAGAAAGUUUUCCAUAUAAGGACUUGAUUUUGAACCUUCAGUUUGUAUGGCAGCUAUAUGAUAUAGUGGUCCGAUAUCGGCGGUUCCAACAAAUGAGCAGAUUUUUGAGGAGAAAAGGACAUGUACCAAAUUUCAGAGCGAUAUCUUGAAAAUUUAGAAACUAUCUUGCGUAUACACAGGCAGACAAAGGACUUCUACUGCGGUGUUUGGUCAAGGUUCGGCUACCGAUGCCGUUUCUUUUAACGAGUUAUCGAUUGAAUCUCCGCUUCAAGCAGCUAUAGCCGCACGUAGUACGGUCAAAGAACUCGCGGUUGUCCAUACAUGGGGUAGGUCACGGAAGAGUUGAUACAAGUCCACAUGGGGUGUUGUGUUCAGAGUUGACCAGCCGCUAAUCAGAAGUUCUAUUAACUGAUCCUGUACGGCCAUUUUAUUGGUGACGUGCUUAUAAUGUACUUGAACACCUGCCAGCCAUUUAUGCAGAGUGUUAUCUUAGCUUACUGAAAUGACGGAUAUUUAUAUAACGGUUUUCGUUGUAGCGUCCCGCGUCGCGCUCUUGAUUCCUACUCAUGGAUAGGUAUUCCCUCAAGGCAGCCUUCAGGUGUUGUGGCUGUUUCAUGCAAGGCGGUAUCUAUUCACCUCGUCACCGGAGAUUCAUAGGAUGUUUCAGUUCUUUUAAGCCAAAUCCUCUUGUCCUACCGCUGAUAUGGUCAAGGAGCUGCUUAGUGCGUACUCACAACUAAUCUAAGAAUUUAGGCCAACAACAGUUCGCCAAGCCCUUGAUGGCCUGAGCUCAGCCAAUCCUUGGUUGAAGUAAGAAUUCUCUGAUAAUUAAUAUGAUUAUCUUCUUCUGUAUUUGUUUUCGAAGAAUCUUUUCGAAUGACAACAGUUCACAAAAUUUCUUAACACCAUUUUUUAACGAACUUGAACUAGUUUCAACGCAACUAACCUUUGGACUCGAAUUCGUCGCAAAAAUCUUGUACAAAAUUACGUUGAAAUUGCAAAAAAGCAAAAAUAAAAUUGGACGUGCACUGUUCAAAAGCCAUAAAAUUCUGACUAAAAUCAAAAUCAGGCAAAAAUCGGGUUAAGUAAGCUCCAACAACAACAGCAAUAACAUGAAAUUAAGCAAAAAGUGAAAUUCGUGAAAUAAGAAAUAAAAUUGAAAUGACACGCAAAAACGGUGUGUUCAAAGUCUAGCGUGAUUUAUUAAACACAACAAACAACAGCAACAAUCACACACACACAGCACUACAGUGAGAUGGCGUAUUAUUCUAGCUACUGUUGUUGUAAAUGUUAUUGUUGUCAUAUGCGUUGGCAGUUGGCCAGAAUUUCCCAGUCAACCUGAAUUGGCACAACGCCAAGCAAGUUCAACAAACUUGUUUGCAGUUGCUAACUGCGAGAGAGCACAAACACAACACCAACAACAGCAAGAGCGAUAGAAGUUUGUUUAUAACAAGCUAAGCUACGAUAGUUGAAGAGGCAAACAAUGCCAAACCAGCAGACGCCCAUUUAAUUGCAAUAAAAAGUGCAGCGGAAAAUGCUUGCAAUUGCCGACUGCGCAUCGCGCACGCGCAACACGUCAAUGCGGGCGUAAUUCACAGCGGGAGUUAUUGAUACGCAAAUAUUUGGAAUGGAGAGAUAUGUUAAAAAAAAUGCUAUUUCAUGGCAAAGAGAAUAUAAUGAAACGUUUCUGGAGCAAACUUUAGAAUAUAUUGAAUAUGUACUACAUCAGCCAUUGGCACGUGAUACACAGCUAUGCGAAGAGGAUACUACCGGUACACCGUUAGAUGAGUUUCCUGAAUUUUUCACGGUGGAGCAAUUACGUCAAGGCUGGGUCGUGUUGCAUGUCUUUGCCGCCGUCUAUUUCUUCAUAUUGCUCGCUAUUAUUUGCAACGACUAUUUCCUGCCCACCGUCGAAUGUAUAUGUGAAGAUUUGAAUUUAUCCAAAGAUGUCGCUGCGGCGACUUUUAUGGCCACCGCCACCUCAAUGCCCGAAUUCUUUACGAAUACGAUAAGUACGCUUAUAACGGAUUCGGAUAUGGGUUUGGGCACCAUUAUCGGUUCGCUGAUGUUCAAUACAUUGGGCGUGGCGGCGUUGGGGGCGUUGGUCGUAAAAAAGCCCGUCCAGCUGGAUUGGUGGCCUAUAGCGCGUGAUUGUGUCAUAUAUAGUUUUAAUACAAUUGUACUCAUUAUACUUGCCUGGGGCGGCUAUGUCAGCUUCACCGAGUCAUGCAUCAUGAUGGGUUUCCUCAUUUUCUAUUAUUUGCUCACGUUUAACAACAACAAAUUUAUGCCAGCCAUACGUGUUUUCGUAGAGGAUAAGAUGAAUUGCUGCAUAUCGAAGCGAUAUGAUUUUACCGAGCCACCAGAGAAUAGCGCUAAGGCGCGACUGCCGCUUAAAAAGGAUCAUCUGGGCGGUGAUGGGCUAUUUGUGAUAAAUUUACCCGAUAAUACCUCAUCGACAGUGAAUUUGACGCAUUCAAAAAGUUAUACUAGCGACGAAAGCGAUGACGUGCCACCGCAACCGCAGCCGCAAAAACUCUUCUCACUGCCACAUGGUGAGACGGCAUUUAGAAAAUUCUGGUGGGCUUUCAUAUUUCCCAUUAAAUUUACACUCACAUUUGUUAUACCCAAUCCCGCCCAUCAUCGUCGCCUCUAUCCACUGUCAUUUGUGAUGUGCAUCAUUGCGAUUGGUCUCAAUGCUUAUAUGAUUGUGUGGAUGUUGACCGCAUUUGGUGUUGCGGUAAAUGUACCUGAAAUAAUUAUGGGACUCACCUUCUUGGCGGCCGGUUCAACUAUGCCCGAGGCGGUUUCCAGCUGUAUUUCAUUGCGCAAUGGUGAAAACGGCAUUGGCGUCUCCAAUUCGCUGGGCGCCAACUCACUUGCCAUCCUACUCUCGCUGGGUGUGCCAUGGUUUAUUAAAAAUUGCAUGAAUUAUGGCAAAACAGAUGGCAGCGCUAUGAUUCAGAUUGCCGCGCAAGGUAUUGAAUUCAACAUUAUCAUUCUGCUACUCUGCACCUUAUCGCUCUUCCUCGUAUUGAGUUUUAGCGGUUAUCGGCUGACGAAACGCGCAGGCAUAGCCUUGAUCGGCGUCUACUUAGUAUUCAUUGUCCUGCAAAUUUUGAUUGAGAUGAAUGUGUUCUUCCCAAAACAAUGCUAGUGAGCAAAAUCGAAAAUUGUAAAAAUGGAUGGAGUAGUGUGUUGUGAACCUAUUUCUAGUAUUUUCUUUUAUAUUUUUGUAAAAAAAACAACAUUUUUUUACGUGAGCUAAUUAAGACUGUUUAGUACUAUAAGUACGAUGUAUAAAAACACCAAAUCUAUUUAAUUACACAAUGCGAAGCCAAAUUUUAGCUGUUGAAUUUUUAGGUUAUGUAAUUUUUAAGUUGUAAAUUUAGUAUAUAAAGCAUUUGCUUACACCGAUUUUAGUUCAUAUUAUUGUAUAAUAUGUAUGUAGAUAUUUUUUUUGUAUUACAAAUUAGCCGAAAAUUGUGCUAUAGCCAAUUAAUUAGUGCCAGAAGUAGAAAUAGGCGGCUGGAAAAUUGUGCGUACGGACACUAUAUAAAACCGUUUCGCAAUAGAAAGGCUAUGUAAACUUGUACUUAAUGAAUAUAUACUCAACUGAGUAAUAAUAUAUAUUAGCUUAUUUAUUAUUAUUAGAUGUUUGUAAUACUAUUGAGUAUAAAGUUGAAGAUAUUGUGCAUGUAAUUAAAAUUUUAACUGCAGGAUUUUGAAUAAUAUAAAAUAAUACGACAGACGUAUCAGCUUAGGCGAUAUAUAGUGCUAAGUAUGCUCAGUAACUUUUUCAUAUUUAAUUGAGUUUUUUAGACGACCAAAAUUAUUUAACUUCAUCUUACCUCGUAAUUUUUCUAAAUUUGAAUCCGGAUUUGAAUUUGCCUAAGCGCUAACAAACAAUAACUUUCGCCGCAACAACCUAUGUAUAUAAAUCUUGAAACUGCUUUCACCAACUGCACACACAAGAGACGACAAACAUUCAUACUAAAAAUGUAAAACAUACAAACAACGAAUUAGCAUGUAAGCAAGUGAUGUAAUAGAAACAGAAAAUAAAUAAUUUUUAAACAAUUACACAAA